AGACCGCACGAUCGGAACAACGAGCUCUGUAAUCAAACACUGCCACAUUCGACCAUUUCUGCUCGUCACGGUUGCAAGUCUUGGCGGAUUUUGGGGCGGCGAGAUGUAUCGCUGUCAAAAAAGAUCUUGAAGUGUUGUUCCUCAAUCACUGGAAGUUCGAUUGAUUUCAUUGCCGGCAAGUGCAUGUUCAACCGGGAUUUGGCCAUAGCAAACAUCAGCGAGUGGGCCAUCAUGCCGAAGAACGAGGACGGGCUGGCGUUUGCCGUGUGGAAGGUGGGCCCGAUUGCGGUCAGUUUGAAUGCGGCACCAAAGUCCUUCCAGCUUUACAAAACCGGCAUCUACGACGACGAAGCGUCCUGCGACAACUCGAAGGUGAACCACGCGAUGCUCCUGGUCGGCUACACGCCCACCUACUGGAUCCUGAAGAACUGGUGGGGCAGCUGGGGCGAGGACGGCUACAUGAAGCUGGCGCGGGGCAAAAACAUGUGCGGCAUCAGCAACUACGCUUCGUACGUCACGAUCGCGUAA